GCAGCAUUCGCCUGGCUCACAUUUUGGUCAAGAGUUGCACUGAAAAUAUUCCGCCCAUUGAUGGGGUGUACAGCCUUUAAGCUGAUGGCGUGCGCUUAAAAACGCGCGAAAAACGCGCGCGAUAUGUGACAGCAGCAAAAAAAAAACAACGAAAUUUAAUAAAAAAAAAACAGCAAUGCAGCCACGUUGAUUGAGACAAGAAAACACACACAAAAUACUGAGAAUCUACUAAAACAAAGAUAAAAAGAGAGAGAGAGAGAGAUACAAAUAUAUAGAAAGAGAGAGAGAGAGAGAGAGUAAAAUCGAAAUCGAAAAUGUGCAACGGCAGCAAUUUAAGCACGGCGACAACUGCUGCAACGCUCACAAACUUAUUAGUGAAAUGCACGAAGUCAACAAACGACAACAACGCCAGCAACGACAUUGGCAGCAUCAACGCUAACAAUUGUCAACAGAGCCGAGUUGCAGUGGCAACUGGAACGAGAAGGGGAAUGGUAACGGUUACUGGAGGCGGUAACGAAGAGCCACAAAAACAACGAGCAAAACGUCAAAACAUGCAGCAGGAGGAAGAGAUAGACAUAGAGAUGGAGAUGGAGAUGAAGAAGGAACAGGAGCAGCAAAAGCAUAAUCAGCGGCAACAUCAACAACGUCAGGAACAAGGACAUCAAGUAAAGCAAAUGGCAAUGGGGACAAAUGCAGAGGCAGUCGCAGUCGCAGUCGCCGUUGCGGCAUCCAAAGUACAUGAACACAAACAUGCAUUUGGACGAGACCAAGAACAACUUGGUGGUGGCGGAGGCGGAGGAGGAGCAGCGGGCAUCGAAUGCCCCAGCUUCGAUGAUAGCUCGGCAUGUCCUUGCUACAAGUUCGAGGAUGGCCUUUUCCUUGAAUGUCCUGGCACGACGGCAUUGUCUCUACGGUCCACACUGGAACGCGUCUCGGCGCCAAUUCACUCGCUCUCCAUCUACGAUUUUGAUCGGUCCGUGACGUCACUGUCACAGGAUGUCAUCCAGCCGGGUGUGCACAUACGCCACCUACAGUUCUCGCACUCGCACCUGGAGGCUCUUAAGGAAAACAGUCUGCGCAAUGUACGCGGCAGCCUCGAGUCUCUCAGCAUUGUCAAUGGCAAAUUAACGCAGCUGCCGUCACGUGCACUAAGCUCGAUGCAAAAGCUGACUGCUCUGGAUUUUGAUUACAAUGAGAUUGUGCGCAUCGAGGAUUACAGUUUCUAUGGCCUACGUGUGUCCAAGCUGAAUAUAAAGGGGAAUCGAUUGCAGAGUAUUCCGGAGAAUGGAUUUGCCGGACUGGAGGAGUGCAUGCAGGAGAUUGAUGUGUCUGAGAAUGGAUUGCGUACGUUUCCAAUGAUGGCCCUGCGCAAGUUGAGCCAUCUGCGGAUUCUACGACUAUCCAAUAACAAGAUAUCCACAUUCUAUGGCGACAUACAGCUUGCCACCAACAAUGCUUCGGCAGCAGCAGCUGCAGCAUCCGCAUUGCAGUUGCCAUCUCUGAUCCUGUUGGACCUUAGCUCGAAUCAGUUCAGCGAGAUUGUCCACGAUUGCUUUCGAGCUUUUCCACAGCUGCAGACGCUGUCCUUCUAUGCCAAUCAGAUAGAGCUUGUGCAGCCGGAGGCAUUCAAGAGCCUGAAGGAGCUAAUGUCCCUGGACAUGUCACACAAUCGGAUUAUUACACUCGAUCCCAAAGUCUUUGAUAAGAACAAGCGUCUGCAGACGGUCGACUUGAGUCACAAUCACAUCCAUGCCAUCAGUGGAGUGUUCUCGAAUCUGCCCCAGCUCCGGGAGGUGUUCCUCUCGGAGAAUAAUAUUUUGGAGUUGCCGGCGGACGCGUUCACCAACUCGACCCUUGUCGAUGUCAUCUAUUUGGAGUCGAAUGGCAUUGCGCACAUUGAUCCCAAUGUCUUUAGCACCUUGGCUAACUUGGAUCAUUUGUACUUGCGCUCGAAUUUCAUUCCCCUGGUGCCUGUCACCCUCUUUGACAAGUGCACGAAGCUAUCAUCGCUCUCCCUGGACAACAAUGAGAUCCAGGACCUGGAGAUUGGCAUGUUUCGCAAGCUGGAACAGCUGCGGGAAGUGCGACUGCACAACAAUCGUAUUCGACGGGUGAGGAAGGGGGUCUUUGAGCCUCUGCCCUCGUUGCAGGAGUUGCACAUUCAGAAGAACAACAUUGAGGAUAUUGAACCGGGAGCGUUUCACACUUUGCGCAAUAUGCAGCACAUUAAUCUGCAGGACAAUCAGCUGACUGUGCUGGAGGACAUCUUUCCAGAGCAGAAUUCAUCCUUACUAUCAAUUCAACUGGAGGCGAACUAUCUGCAUAAGAUCCAUCAACGCACCUUUCGCCAGCAGCAAAGGAUUCAGAUCAUGUGGCUGCGGGACAAUCAGCUGGUGAGAAUCGAUCGAUCUCUGUUCGUGGACACACCACAGCUGGGAAGGCUCUACCUGAGCAACAAUCUCAUACGGGAGAUCGAGAAGGAUACAUUCGGCAGUCUGGUGCAGCUGAAGUUUCUCGACCUGAGCGGCAAUCAAUUGAGGCAGCUGCGACGCGAUUACUUUGCAACAUUGCAGAGCCUGGAGGAGCUGAGCCUGGCCCACAAUCAGAUCGAGGCCAUUGAGGGUUACGCCUUCAGCAGGUUGAAGCAGCUCAAGUCGCUGGAUCUGUCGCACAAUCCGCUCGUACAGGUCACCCGAGAUAUCUUCCUGGAGGAGCUGCCACUAAGUACGCUCAAUCUGCGCAACACUUCACUCCGGAAAGUGGAGCUGCACACGUUCAAGUCUUUGCAGAAUCUGAAUGAACUGAAUCUGGAACGGAAUCAACUGAAUCCAGCGGAUAUUCAGAAGCUGGAUGUGCCCAGUCUGCGCCGUCUGCAUCUGUCCCACAACAACUUCAGUCAUGUGGGCAUUGGCGGAGGUGUCGCUGGUGUCGGUGGUGUCGCUGGUAUCGGUGGCAUCAUGUCGGGCAUGUUCGAUAAGCUGCGCUCCCUCCAGCAACUCUCGAUGGCCAACUGCAGUCUGACCAGCAUUCCUGACCAGCUCUUUGCCAAGAAUACCAAUCUGGUUCGCAUCGAUCUCUGCGACAAUCAGCUGACCGAAAUGAAUCGCAACAUCUUCAGCGGAUUGAAUGUGUUCAAGGAGUUGCGACUCUGUCGCAAUAAUCUCAUUGAGUUUCCACACAUCGCUCUGUACAAUCUAAGCACACUGGAGACUCUGGAUCUGGCCAGGAAUCAGCUCAUCUCGAUCGAUUUCUUUAAACUGAGUGGCACCCUCAACUUGCGCCAACUCGUGCUCCGGGACAAUAAAAUCAACUCGUUGAGCGGCUUCAAUGCGGUGAAUCUGACGCAACUGGACAAUGUGGACCUGAGUGGCAAUCUGUUGCUCUCGUUGCCCGCCAACUUUCUGCGUCAUUCGAUCAACUUGCAGCGUGUCGACUUGUCCAGCAAUCGUUUUCUUCAGAUCCCCAGCUCGGCGCUGUCGGAUGGGUCCAUUCCACGCUUGUCCUGGCUGAAUUUAACCGGCAAUCCGAUCAACAAGAUCUAUACGGUGAAGGAGGAACGUUAUCUGUAUUUAAAGGAGCUUUACAUCUGCCAGACGAAUCUCUCUAUACUCACCUCCAAGGACUUUGAGGCCUUUCAGGCUCUGCAGGAUUUACAUUUGAUCAACAAUCGCAUCACACGCAUUUCUCCCGGCGCUUUUAAAGCGCUGACGAAUCUUCUCACUCUCGACAUUAGUGUGAAUGAAUUGGAGAUGCUGCCCAAGGAACGACUCCAGGGAUUGCGUCUGCUCCGCCUCCUGAAUAUAUCGCACAACACGUUGAAGGAUCUGGAUGAGUUCAGCGGCGACUUGGCCCAACUGCAGACCCUCGACUUGAGCUUCAAUCAAUUGGAUCGCAUCUCAAAAAAGUCCUUUCGUAAUCUGCAUGGUCUUGUCGAGCUGCUGCUGAUGGGAAACCGCAUGACGGCGUUGUCCAAUGAUGCUUUUCGCUAUCUGCGCAAACUGCAUCUGCUCGAUCUGCGCAAGAAUUACUUUGAGCUGGUGCCGCUGGAGCCAUUGAAACCCUUGGAAACAAAUCUGCGCACUCUGAAACUGGAGGAGAAUCCACUGCAUUGCAGUUGCGAUGCACAAAAGCUCUGGGAAUGGCUGCGGGAUCAUCGCAAAUGGUCGCUAUCGCCAACGGGGGGCGAUAACAUUAAUUAUCUGAGGUGCGAACACCCAACGGAGCUGAGGGGCAAGGUGUUUGGACGCAUGGAGCCGCAGCAAUUUUGUGAUGCCCCAUUAAUACCCAAAAUGGCCAUUCAGGACAUUCAGCCAUAUUCGGUUGUUGUCUCCUGGCAGAGUCGCGACCAUUUGGGCCUCACUGGAUUCGAAAUUGUUUACCAUGCCACCGGCGAUGGACUCGUUGCCGGACCAACCGACCGCGACCAAAACAGAGCCCAUGAUGUUCAUCGCGAUUGGGACAGAGCACAGGACAGGGAAAGAGAUAAAGACCGCGACUACGAUAGACCCCACAAUGGAGAGCGAGAGAGAGACCGGGAUAGAGAACGUCUGGCCCAAUUUACUGCUACGGAUGAGAUACACGGGAAGCGUCUGAACGGCACGGCCAGCUCGACAAAGCUAACAAAGUUGAGCCCCAACACGCGCUAUCACAUCUGCGUCAUCGGCACCGGUAAUUGGCUCUCGGAGCCUUUGGCCAAUGCGCUUCAAAGGCUGCACUACAACGAGUCCAGGGACGAGUUGCUGCUGACGAUGACAGGCGGCAACCCUGGCAUGUCUGGUGAUGUCUCCUUGUCGGCCGCCUCGCCCCCAUUACCGGAAGCCUACUCGCCCUAUCAUCACCUGAACGAGGCGGAGGCGGAGAGGGAGAGAGAGGCGGAGAGGGAUGAGGAGCUGGAUCAACAGCAGCAGCAGCAGGCGCUAAUCGAGAACAGCAUUGUGACGGACAAUGUGCUGCACGAGGUGCUCAAGAACUCGCACUUUUCGGCGUGCACGGAUGUGCAGACGCUCGACUCGACACCUAGCUUGAUUACGGAUGAGAAUGGGCUGUCCAGUAAUGGAUUUAUUCACUCGAUAUUGACACGUCGCCUGGGCCUCAUUGUCGGCUGUUGUCUGGGGAUUAUUGUUUUCAUCGUGAUGAUCUCGGUCCUCAGCUAUGUGAAGCUAAAGAAGCAACGCAUCGAGAACGCCAAACGACAGGCGGCAAUGCCACCGGAAUACAUCUCCUAUCGUCACUUCUCCAUUCCCAACGAGGAGCUCACACGAACCGCAGCGAAUGUUGCCACUGCGGCAGCUGCAGCUGCAGCAGCGGCUGCAUCGGCAUCAUCCACGUCAGCAGCGACGUCGGCAUCGGCAUCGGCGUCGACAGCAACUGGCAAUGCCGCACAACAGCACCACACAAUGUCGAGUGUGCCGAGCGGCAUCAGUGCUCAUAUCAGCGGGACCAGCUUGAGCACUGGCACCACCACAACCACAGCCACAACGCCCAUUGGCGGUGUGCCCUUGCCGCUGGUCAAGUCCGGCAGUCGCAGUCCCAUUGUGGGCAUAGCGGGACUUGUUGUCGAUGGGAAUGGGAUCGGUGAGGCAGGCAGCGUGGUUGCCGUCUCCACCUCGCUGGCCAACAGCAAUGGUGCUGCAAGUCAUGCCCACAAUCACAAUCACACUCACAAUCACAACCAUCAUAGUCACAAUCACCAGGGACAGGGGCAUCGACAAAACAACGGUGCUAUCGGUGGUUACAUGGCGGCCGGAGUGGUGCUCAAUACGAAUCACUUGAGUGUCUGUUAGUCGCAUUUAAUGUUAUUCAAUUUAUGCAAUUGGGUCUCAAUACUUCACUUAUCACAGCUGUCAAAUGAAUGAAAUACGUUAUAUACUAACAUAUACUCUCGAAAUCAUUUAGUCGAGUCGGUCAGAGAGUUUACCAAUGUGUCCCCUUUCCUACUGAUCUGUGAACUCACGUACUAUAUUUCAUAUUUCAAAUAACAUUCAAUUCAUUUAGCGUAACUUUUUCAAUCAGAGAGAAAUGCCAAAGGAUUUUUAUGUUUUUCAAUGUGGCCCAAAAAUGCAUUUAAUUUAUAAGCAUAAAUCCCAAACAAAAAACAGCAAACAGAAUAUAAAAAAAAAAUCAAAAAGAAAAUAAAGAAAAACAUAAACUAGGUUAGUGAUAUUCAUCAUGAUGCGUUCAACGUUCGUUUAGUUAUGAAACAAUUUUAAGGAAAAUCAAACAAAAUAAUUUUCAAUGUAAAUAAAAAUUGAAUCGAAUUGAAAACUCGGCGCUAAAGCCAGUAAACCAAAAUGAAAUCAAUGAAAAUCAGUUUUAGAUUAAUGAUAAAAAUAUAUGGAAAUAUGGAAAAUAUACAAUUAAAUACUAUGAAAAAUGUCAGAUGUGACGUAUAAAUCAAACCAAAUGCCAGUUAUUGCAGCUAAAUAUGUAGGAUAUAAACACAUAAACACACACACACUCACACCUACACCUGUAAUCAAAGAAAUACAUUUUUUUUUUGCCAGAAAAAAAAAACCAAAUUUAGUAUUAAUCGAUCGAAUUUUUUUUGAAGAGCAGCGCGGUAAGUAAAAAAAAAACUAAGAAUUAGCAAAGGAGAAAUAAUUGUAUGAGUAUAAAAAAGUAGCAUAUAUAAU